GGAUGAUUAAGGUGAACGGCAGCAGGGAGCCUCUUGAGUUCAAGUCUCACCAGUGGUUCGGUGCGUCGGUCAGAACACACAAAGGCAAAGUAGUGGCCUGUGCUCCUCUGUACCACUGGCGGACGGUGAAGCUGAGUGGGGAGAGGGACCCCGUGGGGACGUGCUACGUGGCCGUGCAGAACUUCAGCGCCUACGCAGAGUACUCACCCUGCAGGACCAAUGACCCAGACCCGGAGGGCCAGGGCUUCUGUCAGGCGGGCUUUAGUGUGGACUUCACAAAGGAAGGACGACUGGUGGUUGGUGGGCCUGGAAGCUUCUAUUGGCAAGGUCAGGUGAUGACAGCAGGGAUUGCUGAGAUACUGAAUGGUUACUCGCUGAAGGCGGUGCUGAGACGAGUUCCAGGAGAGAAACACACCAGUGCUGCUGCAGACACACACGACGACAGCUACCUUGGUUACUCUGUGGCCGUGGGAGAGUUCACAGGGGACUCGGAGCAAGAGCUGAUUGCCGGGGUUCCCAGAGGGGCUCAGAACUUUGGCUAUGUGGCAAUGAUCAACUCAACCAAUUUGACCUUCAUCCAGAACUUCAGCGGAGAGCAGAUGGCCUCCUACUUUGGCUACUCUGUGGCUGUAGCCGACCUGAACGGGGACGGGAUGGACGACGUGCUGGUUGGCGCGCCGCUCUACAUGGAGAGAGAGAUGGAGAGCAAGCCCCGGGAGGUGGGCCGCGUGUACCUGUACCUCCAGCUGGCCCCACUCACCUUCUCCCAGCCCAUCCCCAUCACAGGGACCUACACCUUCGGACGCUUCGGCACCGCCAUCGCAACGCUGGGAGACAUCAACCAGGACGGGUUCAAUGACGUGGCGGUGGGUUGUCCGUUCGGCGGGGACGACCGCGGUGGCCGUGUCCUGAUCUUCAACGGCCGCAGAGAUGUGGCUGCCCGGGGCCUGGCCCUGAGCCAGGAGCUGCGAGCGGCGGCGCCCGCGGCCGGGGGUCUGCCCGGGUACGGGUUCACCCUGAGAGGGGGCCAUGACCUGGACAACAACCACUACCCUGACCUGAUAGUUGGGGCGUUCGGAGUGGGGGAGAUUUCCGUUUACAGAGCCCGUGCCGUGGUGUCUGUAGAUGCUUGGAUGGUCCUGACGCCCAAGAUCCUAAACGCUGACGACCGACAGUGUGUUCUACCUGACACCGACUUCAUGGUCACCUGCCUUAAGGUGAAGGUGUGUGCGGCUGUGAGUGGCGUUGGGAUCCCUGACUCCGUGGACCUGACAGUGGAGCUGCAUUUGGAUUGGCUGAAAGGAACCAGGGGCGGAGCUAAGAGAGUCCUCUUCCUGGAUAACCAGCAGCAUCAGCGCACCACACUUCUCAAGCUGGGACAUCACCACCCACACAAGUGCUUCACCUACACUGUGUACCUGAAAGAGGAGGACGAGUUCAGAGACAAAUUAACUCCGAUCUCAUUGGCUCUGAACUACAGCCUGGCCCAGCCCACUCAUGGCCAAGACCUUCCACCUGUCCUUAACUAUUACAGCAGCACCUUCCUCCAAGAACAGGCCUACAUCCUGCUGGACUGUGGCGAGGACAACCUAUGUAUCCCUGACCUCCAGCUCUCCGCCAGCAUGGACCGACCGGAGCUGGUGAUCUGCGAUGAGAACCUGGUGAUGCUGACCAUCACAGUGCUGAACCGGGGGGAGGGGGCGUACGAGACGGAGCUCCACGCAACACUUCCUGCUGAGGCUGAUUACAUAGGAGUGGAGCGCAGGGUGGAGGGUCUGUCCCGGCUGAACUGUGAGUACCGGCUCCUCAACGACUCCAGGAUGGUGGUGUGUGACCUUGGGAACCCUAUGGUUUCUGGGACAGAGUUGUUGGUUGGUCUGCGGUUUUCUGUUCAGAGGCUGGACGACGCCGGGCCCAAGAUUAGCUUCAAGCUUCAGAUCCACAGCUCCAACAAAGAUAACCCUGACAGCAACCCUGUCACGCUGGACCUCUCCGUUGUGGCCCGCUCACAGCUGGACCUCAGAGGGGUGUCCCACCCCUCCCAGGUGGUGCUGCCCUUCCCUCGCUGGGAGCCCAAGGAGAAGCCCCUCAAAGAGGAGGACGUGGGGCCACAAGUCACGCACAUUUACGAGCUCCACAACACUGGUCCCAGCAGCAUCCGGGAGGCGGAGCUCCAGGUGGGCUGGCCCUCCCGUUUCCGUGACGAAAACCUGCUGUACAUUAUGGAGAUUAAAACUGAUGGGCCAAUCAGCUGCAGGGCUAACGGCAGCCUCAACCCGCUGGGCCUACAGCUCUCUGCCCUCCAGGACACCCCUGAGUUGUUAGGUUUCCUGAGGAACGGUUCCUCUCGUCGCCACAGACGCUCGGUGACCAGCGAGCACGACUACAGCAGCAAGACACUGAACUGCAGCAACAUCAUCUGCCUGCAGAUCCUGUGUGUGGUGGGGCGUCUGGACCGGGGUCAGAGCGCGGUGGUGAAGAUCCGCUCCAGGCUCUGGGCCCACACCUUCCUACAGCGGCGUAAUGACCCCUACCUCCUGAACUCCACCGUCUCCUUCAUGGUAACCGCCCUGCCCUACCGCAUCCAGCCCACAAGCCUUCCCCACCAGAGCACCUCGAUGGGGACCCUGGUGUUGUGGGGGACACCUGACGUGUCUUUCGCUGUUCCAUUGUGGGUCAUUAUCCUGGCCAUACUGCUGGGACUGCUGGUGCUAGCCAUGCUUACGCUAGUCAUGUGGAAGUGUGGCUUCUUUGAUCGAGCACGACCUCCGGUUGAUGAUGACAUCAGCGACCGGGAGCAGCUCACAUCUGACCAAUCAGCAGAUGCCUGAGACAAGAGCUGCAGAUUGGAGGACUGGACCAUGGGGUGCUUUUACUUUUUUUGACAAAAUUCAGUCAGGGGUCUGCAGGUGGAUCCAAACGUCUUCACCCUCCAUAUCUAUAACUCCUCCAUCCUCCAACCCACCACUGUUUGCACAAAACAAAUGGCCUGGAAGGACAGUUUGAGUAAAGACAGCAGCCCCAGACAACCUGACGAAGGAAUCCAAGCAGAUCCAUAUGGAGCCAGGGCUUCUCUGGAGAUUGAAGAGGCAUGUGUAGCAGACUGUGUGUUAAUUGAUUCUCCAGACUACAAUGAGGAGGAGCUCCGUGGAAGAUGUGGCCGCAAUGAAGACAGAAGGGACAUUGUUCCAAACACAAUGCGAACACACGAGUUGAAUGUUUGAUUUCCCUUAUGGUUUUUUGCUAUGUGCGCCUACAAAAGUGAGUAACAAAGAAAGGGGAAUUGUGUGUGUGCGUGUAUGUGUGUGUGUGUGUGUGUGUGUGUGUGUGUGUGUGUGUGUGUGUGUGUGUGUGUGUGUGUGUGUGUGUGUGUGUGUGUGUGUGUGCGUGAGUGCGUGCGUGCGUGCGUGCGUGCGUGCGUGCGUGCGUGCGUGCGUGCGUGCGUGCGUGCGUGCGUGCGUUUGUGUACAUGUGUGCAUUAUCUCUUCAGUCUGUUUAAAUGUAAUCUCAUUGUAAUUGAAUUAGUUGUACUUGACCAUAUGGAAAUGUACAUCUACACAGACACAAGCACGGGAUUUAAGUAUAUUUAUGAAUGUAUGUGCAAUAUUUGAAGGUUGCGUGAUAGUGAAGCUUGUUUACACUGGCAUUUUUUUAUUAGAGCUUAAUGUUUCCAUUCUUUCUGUAUAUAAUUGAUUGAACGAUAUUAUGUUAGGCAACAUUGCUGCAAGAUUAACUGUUCAAAUAAAAUCUACCCUGACUUACUUUUGGCGAAGAGAAGUAAAGAUAUGAAGCAUGAAGAAAUUGAUUUGCAAUAAGUUACCUUUAUGUUGCCCACAUCUUCAGCAUGGAGCUCAAUUGAUCUUCCUUCACAUUUUAGUAUGUGCACAUAUUGUGAAUAUAGGUCAGUCUAUAGGCACAAUAUCCUAUCCUAUGUAUAGCUUUUAAAUAAUUCAUAAUGUUUGUAAAUACUUAACCUUAAAUGUGGGUCGAAUAUUUGGAUGGAUUGUGUUGGAAAUAAACUGCCCUUUGAAUAAUGAUGCUUCAAUGUGGAUAAUGAACGGAGUGUACAUCCCUAAUAUGUCCAUGAUCUUCACGUCACCAACAGGUUAUCUCUUCAGUGUAAAUAUGUGUAUAUUCUGCCACUUACUGGUGUGUGUGUACGAAAGUGUUUCACCACUGCAAUGACUCCGAGAGAGGUGGCUCAGCCUACCAGCAAAGUAAAUGUUAUCCUCAAAACGAAUAUAUUCUAUGUCUCAUGAUUACAUUUACACAUACACUCCCUUUUUUUUUUAAUGUGCAAACAAAUGGAAACAUUGUAAUAAAGAGAUUUCUUCCCCAGACUUGCAGCUUUCCACUGUUUAGGUAAGGUAGGUUAAAGCCUUUAUCUUCCAUCAUAUAUUGAACCAAACCAAAAC